UCACAGACCAAAGAGACCUGUGUGGUUGCCAACCCUUCCGGUUGUGGGUGGAGGAGUGAGGGGGGAGCCGUUCAUUUGACUGAAAUGAAGCCUGUACAGGUAGACUCCAGAAUAUUGUCUCUGGCUGCUCAGGUGACUGAAAGCCCUGAUCUGGAUGUACCUGUGUUGCUGCUGAAGAUAAAAGACAUCUUAACUAGUGCACCUCCUGGAAGUAAAGAAUCACAGAAAAUUAAACAAGACUUAUACUAUUAUGACUUGGUUCAAUAUUGCCACUUGGUCCUUAAGCAAGACUACACUAGGGUGCCUGGAGGCUGGGUUACUGCUGCCCAGAUAGCAGAGAUCAUAAGCCUGAGUUGUGUGGGCCUUGAGGUGAAAGAGGAACCUGAAGACUUUUACAAUAAGCUCCUUCCUUCUGCUGUAGACAACCUCCUCUUCUUGGACAGGCGCCUGCAAGUACGCUGUAGUCGAGCAAUCAAGGAUGAAGACAGAAGGGAAUUUUUGCAGUGCUUCAGAACAGUAACUGAUGCCAUCUGUAGGCUAUGUGGGGGACACGUUCCGCUAACGAAAAAUGUGCUUCAGAACAAACACUUUCUGCAAUUGCUAAUGGCAGAUGAUGUUGAGACUUCCACAAGAGUGAUGUCUGUGCUGCAGAAUAUUUUAAGGAUCAACAGGGGUGUGUUACUUCAAGUGGCUGAAAAGACCCUAGACUGCAUCCUAGAUGAGCUUGUUUACAAGCUUUCGUCUACCAUCAAUCCUGUCAUAGGAAGCGCGGCGAUAAAGCUGUUGCUGUCAGUCGCAGAAUCCGAUCCCCGACUUGUGACAACACUGACUACCCGCUACAAAGGGCUAGAAACUCUUCUUAGCAAGCAGUGGACUGGCAAAGGAUUUGACAGGAACCUCGAUCAACUUCUGGAUCUGCUGGGCUCAGAAAACUGCAGGGCGGAUGAAACACAGAGAUUACAUCAAGCAGUUUGCAUAAUCCAGGCUGCAUGGAGAGGAUUUCAAACCCGAAAAAGGUUAAAGCAGCUUCCAAAAGCUGUAACUACUUUGCAGAAGAAUUUCAGAGCUAAACGAGAACAGGAGUUGCAGCAUUUAAGGAAGCAGAAGGAAGAGGAGAGCCUCCGCCAGCAGUUGCAGCUUCAGAGACAGAGAGCUAUGCGGCUGUUCCAUGAACGUCAGCUUACACUACUGGAAAUUGUCCACGCAGGUCAAGUUGAUAAGCAUAUGCAUGAAAUGGAAGAAAAAUCAGCUCUAACUAUUCAAAGACACUGGAGAGCAUUCAGGGCACGGAGAAAUUUUCUCCAGCAAAAACAAUCUCUUAAGCAGUACAAGAUGGCUGUUGUUAUUCAGAAAGCAGUGCUUAAAUUCUUGGAAAAGCAAAGGAAGAGGAAGGCCUGUUCUCUUUGGAAACCACCGAAGGCCCUCUCAGAUGAGCAAAGGCUGGCAUUGCAGGAAAAAGUGAAAGACUACAUCAAACUGCACCCGGCUUCAGAGAUGUCAGAAGAAAUGAGCAAGGAGCUUCAUCAGCAAGCCCAGGCGAAGCUGGCCCAGUACUUGAUGAAGAGAAGCCUGGAUCGGAAGGCUCAGCAGCACAGAGAGGCUCUGCUAGCCCAGGUCCGCACAUACGUAGAUCAGCUGACGAGUGCUCCAAGUCUAGCAGAAGCUACGAUGGAAGAUCCGAAUGUCUAUAUGAGUAGAUCAGUUCCCGUGGUAGCCAGAGCCAAACAGAGCCACUACACCAUGCUGAAAUACACACAGUGGCCCUGGUGGAAAAAGCUUGGAGAAGAAUUCUUAGAUGAUGAGGGAGUCUCUGAAGAUCUUCUGUGUGCUGAAGUAGGAACUCUGUUCAUUGGUGGGACUAAAUCAUAGGAUAAUUAGGAGAAGACAAGCUGGCUAAAUGCUGUGUGAUCAAGCACAAAGAUGGGGGGGUGGGGGUGAACCAAGUUUGUCCAGCAAGCCAAAAGAAGGUUUCGUUUUUCCACACAGUUCAGGAAGAACUCUCUCAGCUAUCUGGAUUGGGGUUAGAAUUCUGUGUAUGUGCUAAAUUCUGAUACCAGCAAGUCUGAGUUCUGCAAUCCAAAUGAGUUAGAGGAACUAUCGUAUUCUAAAUUUGUUCAGUAUAGUUGUAACAAAUGUUUAUAGAAUGUGUGACUUUGUCAGCAGGGCUUGGAUGGUGAGUAUGAAGGAGAGGAGAGGCAGGGUAGUUGUCUGUGUUUGCAGGGGGGGGCAGACUCUAAGGGAUGUGAGACAAAAACAGAACAGUGGAAUAAAAAGUUUCAGUCCCCCACUUCAAAACUAUCCCAAAUUCCUUCUGGAUUUGAUUUCAGGCAUUUAAAGUAUAUUUAUAUUGCUGACUAUUUUUAUGUAAUUUUUUUGUGUGUGAACUGCCUUAAGUGCUUAUUUUGGGGUUAAAAAGGGCAGUAAUAGAAAUAAAGAAGUUUAUUUAGAAAAUACAUAUAGGGUGUGGUCAGAUGGCGUGCUGAGAGCGG